AGAGAAAGAGGAGGAGAGGGGGAGAGAAAGUCAGGAAGGCGCUCUGCGGGUAAAGGACGACGGACCAUCCGAGAUUAAGGGACGUUUCCCCCCGACGGUGUCCAGUGUCCAUCCGUCCAUCCCGACCAAAACCAGCGAACACCGGACUACACGUGGGGCCGAACAUCACGGCUCAUCAAUUAAGCCAGCCUUUACGCGUGCGCGCUCCUAAUUGCCAGUCGGCGGCGUGCGCGUCAUUACGCGCGGACUGAGCGCGAUCCAGCGGCUUUCGCGUGCAGAGCCGACGUUCCCCCAGACUGCAGGUGUCCCGCGGAGCCAGGAGCCGCGAGGGAAAGUACCGGCCGCGGCGUCGAUAGCUGCUAAUGCCACAUGAUGGAUGGACGGAGGCCGGAGCGCCAUAGACGGCCGCAGCCGCAGCUGCAGCUGCUGCUGCUCGUCGCGGCGGUUUGCGCUUCAAGGGCAGCCGCCGGCAUCGUGGACGUCCUGAAGGUCCUGGAGCUGUCGGAGAACAUGGAGGGCGUGUCGCUGGAGGCGGGUCUGUGCACAAGCAGGAAAAGUCGCGAGGAGACGGACCUCUCCUUCAAAAUCGACAAGAAGAUCCAACUCAGCGCUCCCACCAAGCAGCUCUUCCCCGAUUCUCCGUUCCCUGUGAACUUCUCAGUGAUGACAACCGUUAAGGCUGUGAAGGGCUCACAGGUCUUCCUCCUCUCACUGUAUGACUCGCAGGGCACGCAGCAGCUGGGCCUCGAGGUCGGCCGCUCCCCCGUCUUCCUGUAUGAAGACCACGAGGGUCAGCCGCCGCCAGAACUCUACCCCACCUUCAGGAGAAUCAACCUGGCUGAUGGCAAGUGGCACAGAGUGGCCUACAGCGUGGAGGGCCGCUCGGUGACGCUCCACCUGGACUGCGUCAGACUGGACACCCUGGACCUGCCCCGAGGUCACGACCCCCGCAUCAGCACCGAGGGAGUCACGGUGUUUGGGACGCGCCUGCUGGACGAGGGCGUGUUUGAGGGCGACAUCCAGCAGCUGCUGAUCGUCGACGACCCCCGAGCUGCGGAGCUGUACUGUCAGGACUACAUCCCCGACUGCGACGCGCCGCUGCUCUACAACAGCAUAUUAACAGAGGCCGAGGAGGUGGAUCGAGUCCCCAAGAAACACGUGGUCCAAGAGUUCGAGGAGUUCGACUACAGCGACUUCUACGACGGCGCCUCUGUCUCCACGGUGACCGCAGGACCCAAUGUCACGGAGUACGAGAUCGUCGAGUACGAGGACGACGACAACGCGACGGACUUCUAUCACGUCAACGAGUACGAAUAUGAAGACGAGUACGAUGAGCGCUACGGCCCAGCAGAGAGGGAGAGGGAGUUCUCUCUCAGCGCACAGGACAUACCAGAGAAAGGAGAGAAAGGAGAACCAGCCGUUUUGGGAGUGGGAACGCAGAUUACAGGACCUCAUGGGCCUCCGGGGCCUGAGGGGGAGCCAGGACCUCCUGGAGUCACAGGACCCGUGGGACCUCGAGGAGACCCCGGGGAACUGGGCCCUCCAGGGCUGCCAGGCCUAAACGGAGCUGAUGGGAUCCCGGGCCCCCCAGGAAACAUCAUGCUCAUACCGUUUCAGUCAGGUGGCGACCCGAGGACAGGAGCUGUGGUGUCAGCACAGGAGGCUCAGGCCCAGGCCAUCCUGCAGCAGACCAAGCUGGCUAUGAAGGGACCUCCAGGACCACUGGGCCUUAGGGGAAGACCUGGACCCCUGGGUGGACCAGGUCCCUCUGGGCUGAAAGGCAGCAGUGGAGAAAUGGGGCCACCGGGUCCUCCAGGAAAGCCGGGUAUUCCAGGUCAGAACGGACAAGCUGGGAAAAGGGGCCGAGCCGGUGCAGACGGGGGCCGUGGUGCAGUAGGAGAGACUGGUGCAAAGGGGGAUCGAGGGUUCGAUGGUUUGCCUGGUCUUCCUGGAAACAAGGGGCAUAAAGGUUACAGGGGCAAGCCAGGCCCAACAGGUCCUCUAGGAGAGCCAGGAGAAAAAGGUUCAGAGGGGCCUCCUGGACCAAGAGGUCAACCAGGUGAUGCUGGUUCGAGGGGUCUGAACGGCCCCAGAGGUCGUGCUGGUCCACCAGGUCAGCCUGGAAUUAGAGGAAUUGACGGCGUUCAAGGUUCAAAGGGAAACAUUGGACCGCCGGGAGAAAUCGGAGCACCUGGACAACAGGGCAACCCUGGAAUCGUGGGCUUUCCUGGUCCACAGGGGUUAGUGGGUCUGCCAGGAGAUAAGGGGCCUCAGGGAAAGAAAGGGACGCAGGGUUUACCUGGAAAUGAUGGGCCACCUGGACAUCCUGGAAGGGAAGGUACACCAGGCGAAAAGGGGCUGCCAGGUCCUCCAGGAGUUCAGGGGCCUGUUGGAUACCCUGGACAGCGAGGCGUGAAGGGAGCAGAUGGAAUCCGGGGAUUAAAGGGAAGCAAAGGCGAGAAGGGAGAGGAUGGUUUUCCAGGGGCCAAAGGAGAGAUGGGAUCAAAGGGGGAUGUGGGAGACAAUGGAGCUCCAGGUGGAAGAGGAGAAGAUGGACCUGAGGGCCCCAAAGGCCAGCUGGGUGCGCAAGGAGAUGCUGGCCCAUCUGGUGUUUCUGGAGAGAAGGGAAAAUUGGGAGUUCCUGGGCUGCCAGGAUAUCCAGGACGACAGGGGCCUAAGGGUUCUGAUGGGUUUCCUGGUGUUGUGGGUGUCGUAGGAGAGAAGGGGAAAAAGGGUCCUGCAGGACCACCAGGAACCGCUGGCCAGAGGGGGCCAAAUGGUGCCCGAGGUGCCAGGGGGGCAAGAGGGCCCACAGGGAAAUCAGGAGAUAAGGGCACAUCGGGACAAGAUGGACCCCCAGGCUCCCCAGGAGAACGGGGUCCUCAAGGACCACAAGGGAGAAAUGGGGAGCCAGGACCUAAAGGAUCAGUGGGUCCAGCUGGAAAGGAUGGGCUUCCAGGGCACCCAGGUCAAAGAGGAGAGCCGGGAUUCCAAGGGAAGACAGGGCCUCCUGGGCCUACAGGGGUUGUAGGUCCACAGGGGAAAUCAGGAGAACCCGGCUCACCAGGGGACCGAGGUCACCCUGGGGCACCUGGCGUACCUGGAGAGCAUGGUUUACCUGGGGCUGCUGGGAAGGAAGGGGGCAAGGGUGAUCCAGGUCUGACUGGGGUAUCUGGAAAGAAUGGUCCUGCAGGAUUGAAAGGGUUCAGGGGGAGCAGAGGCAUACCUGGAAUUAUGGGACCCCCCGGACUGAAAGGUGGAUUAGGACCUACAGGAGCCCCAGGACCCACAGGGGCUGCAGGUGAAAGGGGCCCUUCUGGAGCAGCUGGAGCCAUUGGACAGCCUGGUCGGGCUGGGUCGAUUGGGGGACCAGGACCGAUGGGAGAGAAGGGGGAGCCUGGAGAGAAAGGUCCUAUUGGACCAGCAGGUCAGGAUGGAGAGCAGGGACCUUUAGGGAUGCUUGGAGCUACAGGCCCUGCAGGACCUCCAGGAGAUGAUGGCGAUAAGGGAGAGCAAGGAGGACCUGGACAAAAAGGCAGCAAAGGAGACAAAGGAGAAGCAGGUCCUCCAGGCCCCACUGGUACUCAGGGCCCUGUGGGUCAGUCAGGACUCCCUGGUGUAGAUGGACUGCCAGGUCCUCGAGGACAGCAGGGCAUGUAUGGCCCCAAAGGAGAUGAGGGACCCCGGGGCUUUAAAGGUGCUAAUGGACCGAUAGGUUUACAGGGCAUACCCGGUCUGCCUGGAGAAAAGGGUGAGAGUGGACAUGUGGGACUAAUGGGUCCACCGGGACAACAAGGUCCCACUGGCCCUCAAGGACCUAUAGGAGGACAGGGUCCAACUGGUCGAAUAGGGAUGAUCGGACAGCCAGGCAUUGUUGGAGAGAAGGGGGAGGAUGGUGAGGCAGGAGACCCUGGACCAGUUGGUGUUGCCGGAAAGACAGGAGAAAAAGGAGACCAGGGAGAGAAGGGAGAUUCGGGCCUGCCAGGAGCAGCUGGUCCUCCAGGACCCAGGGGUGCACCAGGAGAGGACGGACCCAAGGGCAACGCUGGUCCUAUAGGCCUCACUGGGGACCUCGGACAGCAGGGAGAACCUGGACCCAAUGGUGUGGAUGGUCUUCCUGGGACUAAAGGAGAUACAGGAGAUCCUGGAAAAUCUGGACCACCAGGAGCACCAGGAGAACCUGGACCACCUGGGCCUCCUGGACGAAGAGGCCACUUGGGGAAAGCAGGCAAGGAAGGAAAAGAAGGCCUAAAAGGUGCAAAGGGUGCUCCUGGAUUUGAGGGUCUAAUAGGAAAAACAGGGCCUGUGGGUGCUCAGGGGCACCCUGGAAAACCAGGCCCUCAAGGAUUAAGAGGUAUCCCCGGGCCUGCUGGUGAGCAGGGUUUAAAUGGACCACUAGGCCAGACUGGACCACCUGGUCCCAUGGGUCCACCAGGGAUACCUGGACUAAAGGGAGACCCUGGCAAGAAAGGGGACAAGGGUCAUGGUGGUCUCAUAGGUCUGAUAGGGCCACCAGGAGACAUUGGAGAGAAGGGCGACAGAGGGCUCCCAGGAAAUCAGGGGCCUCCUGGUCCAAAAGGAGACGAGGGUCCGGUGGGUCCCUCAGGUCCCUCUGGUCCUCCUGGCCCCACGGGUUUGUCUGGGGCCAUUGGUGUAAAGGGCUCCAAAGGAAACCAGGGUCCAAUAGGCCCCAGAGGAGACACUGGGCCUGCAGGACCACCAGGACCCCCAGGACUGCCUGCUGUUGGGAUUGCUCGCUUGCCGGAGCGAGGAAGGAGACGCCGAACCCACACUGUGGUGGACGGUGCUGCUUUUGAAGAGGAAGAUGAUGGGGAAGAGGAAGAAUGGAUUCAAGGGGACCAGGCAAACCAGGAUGGGUCGGUGAAGAAGGGCAAAGGCAUGGGGGAAGUCUUUGAAUCUCUGUCCUCUAUGAAGAAGGAGGUGGAAGGUCUGCGGAGCCCUCAGGGGACGUACCAAAGCCCUGCUCGCACCUGCAAGGAGCUCUGGCUCCUAAAUCCAGACCUGCCCAACGGUGAGUUCUGGAUAGAUCCCAACCAGGGUUGCCAUAGAGACUCCUUCAAGGUGUUCUGUAACUUCACUGCGCAGGGAGAGACGUGUCUGCAUCCGGACAAGAAGUUUCAAUCGGUGAAGUUAGCAGCCUGGAAAGGAGAAAAGCCUGGCACCUGGUACAGUAACUUCAGAAAAGGAAGACAGUUUUCCUAUUCCGGGUCAGAUGGAGUUCCAGUCAGCACUGUCCAGUUAACGUUCCUGAAGCUGUUGAGCGCCACAGCCCGGCAGAGCUUCACCUAUCACUGCCUCAACUCUGCGGCCUGGCUGCACGCCUCCACCGUCAGCCAUGAGCUGGCGCUGCGCUUCAGGGGCAGCGAUGGCGCCGAGCUCACGCACGAGAGCACGCACUACAUCACUGCACUGUACGACGGCUGCCAGACGCGCUCGGGGCAGGAGAGGACGCUGUUGGAGUUUGACGCCCCGCUGUCCAACACACUCCCCGUCGUCGACGUCGCCGUCUCAGACUUCGGAAAUGGGAAUCAGAAAUUCGGUUUCCAAGUUGGCCCGGUCUGCUACAACGGCUAGCUCGCUCUGGAGGAGGAAAUUACAACAGGAGCAAUUUAGUAGGAAAAGGAGCCAUGGACACUUUUUACAUGCAGGGAAAAACUACAUUCAAGACUUGUCUGGUGCAGCAUAUUUAUAAAUGGAUUUACCUUCAUCAGUGUUCGAUCUUCUAAACCUGUUAUUUUAUUCACAUUCAUCCUCGCAGACUUUCCUCAGUUCAUACAUUAAUUAAAGUCUUGCAGCUGCUUCGCUCAUUUUCAGAUUCGCUAGAUGUAUUCGCUCGCCUGUAUUGGUUGCGUUCCUUUUAGAAGGAGCGACUGGUGCUUCCACAUUUCUAUUCACUGACCUUUGCACUCACUUCCCACAAUAAUAUGCACAUUUCCAAACUUUAUCAGUAAAUCACGUACAUCCACGUUCCAGCAAUAUUCUGGCUGUCAAACCUCAGUGUGUUGUGAUGUUUUCGUUUGUUCUUGUAAUUGUGUUGUUAUAAUUGACUUGAUGUAUAUUAUAGUGUAAGUCAUCAUGGUGCUAAUAUGAAGCUCCUUGUGGAGUCGUUGUUUUUGUAAAAGGGAACUGGGGCAGUGCAUUUUUUUAUAUCGUGAGGCCACGUUUUAUAUAUUUUUUUCCAGUAUAACAAAUCAACCUGUGGUACGUGAUUUGUGUGGGGAAGUGAGUGAGUAACAUGUUUUAAUAAAAGUACAUAAUGUACAUUUAAAUUAAUAUUAUGAGAUUUAGUUGUAUUGAAUUCAUUUGCUAGAACAAAGUCAAUGGUGAUUCAUGACGUUUUUAAUUCAGGUGCCUUGUUCCAGUUGUUGCAGGGUGUUUGAUGAACACAUUCAGAUGCUAUAAUUGUUCAUUCUUACCUCCAGGUAUGGAAAUGAAAUUUAAUAAAUGCAUUAUUGAUCCCAGUGAUAAAAAAUAAUAA